UAUUAAACUCUAAAACAAAAUAAAAACCUUUGACCAGUGACCAGAUGUUUUGUAUUGCAAGCAGUUCUUGGAUGUUAAUGAUUAUCCUCAUGCUAGCCUUAUAUCUUAUCUCAGCUGUCUCAUUUACUAUUGAGUCUUCAUGUCAGCAACCGCUUAGAGAGGCAAUGUCCAUUUGCCAGCACAACUGGCUGGAGUUACUGUCCCCCAUUAUGGACAUUUUCUCUUGAUACACUCCUGUUAAAACUACAAGAAUGGCUGUUACACAGGCUAACAAAAUCCUGUGGGGUACAGGCAUACUUUUUCUGAUUUUACCUCAUGUAAAUCUGGGAUUGUUGUCUGACUUCAAGAUCUGUGGAGAUUCUGAAUGUGAAAGCCUGAUGAGCAGAGUGCAGGCCAUCAAGGACCAUCAUGGUAAGGACUGCCGUUUCCUGAGCUUCAGACGAGGAGACACCAUUAAUGUUUACCACAAACUGACCGGAAGGAGGGAGGACCUCUGGGCAGGCAGUAUUGACAAACAGUUUGGUUAUUUCCCAAAGGAUGCCGUGCAGGAGGAGCAGGUUUAUGCUACUAUGGAGAAAGUAGUGGAAACACAGAAAUCUGAUUUCUUCUGUAUGGAUGAGUUUGGUUAUCCUAUUGACUCCAGUCAUCUGGACAGCGAUGAUGAUAAUGAUGAUCAGAAAAUCCUAAACCAGGAGUCAGAAACCACCCCAUACACCGAUGACACAAAUGCUGAAAGUCCUUCAACAUCUGCAGACGUCUCUACAGAAUCUCCAGUUUCAGAACAGGAAGCUGAUGGCACAUCGACAGAACCGGACGAAAACAAAAAUGCCGGUGAUGCUGCUGCCGGGACUCACGAGGAAGCACAGGAGGCUCCUGCGGCUCUGAACGAACAAGGUGGGUCUGGUUCCUGGCUCGGUUCUUCAGUGACAGGAUGGUUAGGUCUGGCUAAAGAGGAAGAAGCUGACAAUUCGGCUGAAGGAGAGAAAAAAGAUGAGAGAAAGGAGACACAGGCCGAAGCUUCUUUGACUUCGUCGGUGACAGGAUGGCUGGGGUUGGGGGGAGAAGGAAAACCUGAUGAUGCCAUGAAAAGUAGGGGAGAAGACGGAGAAACUGCUGAUUCUUUCGCUUCAACCAUGACAGGGUGGCUUGGCUUUGGAGGAGAGGAAAAAACAGAUCAUUCCAAAGAAAAAGAGCAAGAUGAAGAAAGAGAAAAUGACGAGGAAAAAGAACCCGCAGAGAAAUUCAGGAGUAGGAGGAUGUCUCUGGACCUAGAGGGCAGCCAAUUACACGAAGAAGAGAAAAAGGAGAUGGGGACAUUGGAUUGGCUGGGAAACGGACUGUCAAGCACGCUGGGGUUCGGCCUGACCAAUCAGGAGUCAGGGCUUGAGACAACAACUGAAAAAGAGGCCAAGGAGACAACCCAGGAGGAGGAAAAACAGCCAGCAUCUAGUUUGUGGUUGGAUAUGGGGAUCGGGGGCCUUUUGGGCUUCAGGAAAGACAAGAGUGAGGCUGAUGAGAGUAGAGGAAGUGGUUUUACGGAGACAGAGGAGGACAAAACCUUAGAAGAACCAACAGGCUCAGAGUAUGUGGAUACCAGUCAAUCACAACCUGCACUGACAGAGGAGCUAAGGACAGAUACUAGCAACAAAUCAAAGGUGGAAGAAACUCCAAAAGACCAAAAUGCCCCAUCAAAGAUAGAUUUUUUGACACAAUCUGACGUCAGUUUAGGGCCUGAUGUCAGUUCUGUUGAUUUAAAUUCAAACUCCAUGGGGCGGUCUGUAGGUGAGGCUGAGGAGGACAAAACAGAGAACGUGGUUGAGGGAAGGGCGGAGAUCCCAAAUCAGACUGAUAACACAGAAGAAUCCACCGAUAUGUCUGUUAAACUUGGUGCUGGUGGUGGAGAUCAUGAAGGUGAAGGGAGUAAUGCAGGGACAGAUGUACUUCACAGAGACAUUUCCAGUCAAGUCAGAGGCGGUGCGGAAGAGAGCAGUGGAAAGAGUCAGCCUUACUUAUCAUCGGGCGCAGCUGAGCAGAGAAAUGAACCAAUCUCCAAUGAGGGUGACACUUUAACUGCUCACAGUGUGGAAACCAGUGUUGAUAAUUCAGAUUCACUGGCUAUGAUUGGUAAGAGCACAGAAGCAGAGACACAUCAGGGUGAGGUAGGACAGGAAGGAGAAGUGCACCCCCUCGAGGGCAGCUCUAUGGAGUUUGGAUCAUCCCAUUCUACUAAUAGAAGUACUGACAUUUUGUAUGAAAAUGCCUCAGAGGAGGACAGAAGAACAUUUUCCACUAGUGAGAACGCAACACAGAUGGAAAACAAUGCAGACUUUGUGUCUCCACAUAUGCAACAGGGGACCACACAAAGUGAUGGUGAUGCCCACAAGCUACAGGAAACUGUUCAAGAAACUGAGAACGAUAGCGAAAACAACCUCCAGCCAGUUCAAACUGAGGAAGAGACAAUAGGGUAUGAGAAAUACAUACAUGGUCUAAAGCCAGCUACAGGCUCUGAAACAGAGACUGAGGAAGUGGAGGAGUCAAAGGAAGAGGAAAAGCAGGAGGUGGAGGUGGAAGAGUUAAAGGAAGAAGAGGAGAUAAAGAUACAGGAAAAGCAGCAGGAAGUGGAGGAAAAGCAGAAGGAAAAGCAGGAUGAGUUAAAAGAGUUAAAGGAAGAGGAAAACCAACAAGAAGUGAAGGAGAUAAAGGAAGAGGGGAAAGAGGAGGAGGUGGAGGAAAAGAAGCAGGGGGAGAUAGAAGAGUUAAAGGAGAUAAAACCACUGGAAAAGCAGCAGAAAGUGGAGGAGGAAAAGCAGAAGGAAAAGCAGGAUGAGGUAAAAGAGUUUAAGGAAGAGGGGAAACAGGAGGAGGUGGAGGAGUUAAAGGAGGAGAAGAAGCAGGGGGAGACAGAAGAGUUAAAGAAGGAGGUAAAGCAGGAGGCAGUGGAAGAGUUAAAGGAAGAAGAGGAGAUAAAGAUACAGGAAAAGCAGCAGGGAGUGGAGGAAAAGCAGAAGGAAAAGCAGGAGGAGGUAGAAGAGUUUAAGGAAGAGGAGGAGAGAAAGAUACAGGAAAAGCAGCAGGAAGUGGAAGAAAGGCAAAAGGAAAAGCAGGAUGAGGUAAAAGAGUUAAAGAAAGAGGAAAACCAACAAGAAGUGAAUGAGAUAAAGGAAGAGGGGAAAGAGGAGGAGGUGGAGGCGUUAAUGGAGGAGGAGAAGCAGCAGGAAGUGACACCGAUAAAGGAAGAGGGGAAAGAGGAGGAGGUGGAGGAAAAGAAGCAGGGGGAGAUAGAAGAGUUAAAGGAGGUGGAGGAGAUAAAACCACUGGAAAAGCAGCAGAAAGUGGAGGAGGAAAAGCAGAAGGAAAAGCAGGAUGAGGUAAAAGAGUUUAAGGAAGAGGGGAAACAGGAGGAGGUGGAGGAGUUAAAGGAGGAGAAGAAGCAGGGGGAGACAGAAAUGUUAAAGAAGGAGGUAAAGCAGGAGGCAGUGGAAGAGUUAAAGGGGGAGGGAAAGCAGGGGGAGGAAGAGGAGUUAAAUGAAGAGGAGAAAAGGGAUGAGAUUGCAGAGAGGAAGCAGGCAGAGAUGGAGGAGAUAAAGGAAGAGGAGAAGCAGGAGGAAGUGAAGGAGCUAAAGGAAGAGGAAAGUCAGCAGCAGAUAGAAGAGUUAAAAGAGGAAAAGCAGGAGGUGGUGGAAGAGUUAAAGGGGGAGGGAAAGCAGGGGGAGGAAGAGGAGUUAAAUGAAGAGGGGAAAAGGGAUGAGAUUGAGGAGAGGAAGCAUGUAGAGAUCGAGGAGUUAAACGAAGAGGAGAAGCAGGAGGUGGUGGAAGAGUUAAAAGAAGAGGGGAAAAGGGAAGAGUUAAAGGAGGUGGAAGAAGCAAAGGAAAAAAAAAAGAAAGAGGGUGAAGAAAAACAAGUACAGCCAUCACAUUUUGAGGUAGAGAUGGAAAACACUGACAGGCCAGAGUCCGAAAGCAACGAGAAAGAGACACAAGAGGAGAAUAACUCGGAAUCUGUGUUCUCCGAAACACAGAGUGAAAAGACACAGAUGGAAGAGGAGAAGAGAAGGGAAAAGAGCAAAAAACAGGAGAAGGUGGAAGAGUUGAAGGAUGAAAUGAAAGAGGAGGAGGCUGAGGAAAAGCAGGAGAUGGAGAAUGUGGAGGGUGGGAGGAGGGACAAACAGGGGAGUCUUAAGGAGGAGGAAGAAAAAAGAAACAAUGAUGCUAAGGCUGACGAGGGGGAAGAAGAGCUGGUUGUCAAGAAACACAGUGAAUCAGAUAUAACUGGGAAUGAAGACGUCUGUAACAACAAUGCUAACGGCAUAUUUGAUCCUAAUGCUUUGGGAGCUAAUCAGAUAGGACAAAUCGAAUACACAGACAAUGAUCUGCCACAAUCAGGUGAGGGUGGCCAGAACAGCCUUCCUAAUCAAACUUUACUUGGCCAGACAGCUGAGAACACCGACCUUUCUGAUGACAAUGUGCUCCGUCAGGGAGAUCAAACUGAGCCCAAAGACACUGAAACUAGCAGCAAUGGGAUUCCCACUGAGCAGAAAACAGAGCGAAUACACUCUGAUCAUGAGACAGACACAGAGGAGGACACUGACAGCGAAGCGAGGGAGACAAACACGAAGCAUGGCGAUGUCAGAGUGAAUGAGGAUACAGUUGGCACUGAAUUCAGUACCGCGGGAGGAAUGGAAAUUUCACUUUGGUCCAGCGACCCUGUUGGAAGUCAGGCUGUGAUAUCUGAACAAACUGUUCCACAUGUGUCUCAACAUCCAACUGGUUCUUCACUUCUGUCUGAUGGUCACAAGAAAGGGACAGCAGAGACUGAAAGUGGAGGAGCAUUUGGCCUUUUCAAAAAUGCCUUUAGCUUUUUCAGCCAGACUAAGGAAUCCACAGAAUCAGCCCCAAGUUUGGAUUCUAACGCACGUGAGACAUCCGAGGCACAAGACUCUCUGACUCCUGAGCGAGAACUGGAUUCAACUACUGAUUCGAGUCAGGUUCACACUCGAGAUGUGCACACAGACUCUCCCAUCGCCCUGUCACAACAGCGGCCGCAGCCUUCUCCUCCCUUUAUCCAGACGUCACCUCCGUCCCCAUCGCAGACCCAUUCUCAUCCCACUUCUCUGUCUCCAAACACAGGAAGCCCCCUCCAAACAAAAACCCUCUCCAAACACUACAAGAACCUCCUCGCCUAUAUGAGCGCUGAUGAGACGACUAUCUUGAUGGAGCCCCUGGGGCGACACAAGCUGCAGUUUUUGGAUUACAUUUUAGGAAGCUCAGAGAGCACGACUGAUGACCCCGAUAAUGACGAAUCUAUAUUGUUGGACAUAGAAAGACUGCUGCGUUAUCACAGGGAGACACUGGUCGCUCCUAGCGCGAGGCUCGCAGAUGCGCCACAAGAGGACAAAGAAAAGACCAGAAAGCUCAUCGCAUUUCAGAAGCUAGAAAUGCUGCUGGCAAGAGUGAGAGAGACUUUCAACACAGGAAAGUCACACAUCAGUAACACAAAACAUCAAGCUGAGGCCACUGAGGAAAAGCCAAGGAAGAAGGGAGACUCCUCCGUAGGCCUGGAUAACAACACUCCAAGAGACGAAUGGAUGGGGGUGGAUAAAGAGACAGAUGGACAACCGAGUGGAGGCACAGGAAGAGAGAGGGUGACUGAGGAGGAGAAAGGAGGAGAGAAGGAAAAAAGAAGUGAAGAGAGAGUGUCCUCUGAGUCCCGUCCUCACAUUCAGCCAGCAUCACCACAGCCACUGGAAGGGGUAACGAAGCAAAUUCUGGAUUUUAUUCAUCAGAUCGUUGACGACACACCCACUCGUGUUCAUGCAGUGAGGAAGCUCCUCAUAUGGCUUACUGUCCAGGUUGUAUCGUCACUGCCUGAUGACAUCAGACCUGGGCCGGACCUGUACGGGGUGCCAUGGGAACCAGUCAUCAUCUCCAGUCUGGUGGGGUUGAUGACAAUGCUGCUGUUCACCUGUAGAUGUUAUAGCUCUGUCAAAAGCAGAAUGUAUCGAAGUAAAGAGCAGUGGAUGGCUGAGCAGGUUGCACAGCUGCUGGAUGAGAAGUGUAAAGUCCUUGAGACUCUCAGCAAAUGUCAACAAGAGCAUGAUGACCUGGAGAGCUCACUGAGGGACAGUGGUGUCUUGGCCCAAACUCAAAAGACAGAACAUCUGGAGGGUAGAGCCAAACAGUUGGGACAUGCUAAAAGGGAGCUGGAGAGGGAUCUCGAACAACUGAAGGAUCAACUGGACCAGCAGAGAGAACAUAGGAUAGAGCAAGAAAAGAGGAUAGCAGAGCUUGAAGAGAACAUGAAAACAUUUGAAGAAGAAACCAAAGAGCUCCAGUCACAGGACGAGCAGGCACAGACCACUCUGAAAGUGUACAACAUGAACAGUGACAGACUACAGAGGAAUCUGGAAACAGCUGGAGAGGAGAACACACUGCUACAGGAGAGUAACACUCAGUUGAGGCAGCAGGUGGAGGGAUGGGCAGAAAGAGUGAGUGAGUUGGAGGCGGAGAUGAGCAGGUGUAAGGUUGCCUACAGCGGGAUGCUCCAGGAUGCGGCCAACAAGGAUGAGCGUAUAAUGUCCUUGACAGAUCGGCUGCUGAGCAUGAAGGCUUGGGAUUCGGACCUGGAGGAAGAGGAAGGAGGAGAGAAGGAGACGUCCAAUGGGACAGCAGGGAGAGGAGAGGAGAAUGGAAGAGGAGACAGAAUGGACACACAAGGCCAUCUCCAGAAAGUCCAGAAACUUAUCUAUGCUGCUAAGCUGAAUGCAGACCUCAAAUCAGUAGAAGAAGACAAGGACAGAGCAUUUGCCAAACUAAAUGAUGAAGUCAAAGCUAAAGAAGACCUGCAAGUGAGCAUUAAGGAGCUGGAGAAUGAGAAAUUAUCUCUACACUCAGAUGCUGAGCACUACUCAGAUCAGGUCCAAAGAUUACAACAGAAACUCCAGAUUAUGACAGAAAUGUACCAGGAGAAUGAGCUCAAGCUACACAGGCUGCUGACAGUGGAGGAGAAGGAGCGCCUGCAGAAAGAAGAGAAGUUAAAUAAAGCAGACAAAAACAUUGCGUUGGCCAUGGAAGAACUCAACAACUAUAGACAACGAGCAGAAGAGAUGGAGGAAGAGCUGGAGAAAACCAAACAGUCUUACCAGACUCAAAUAUCCGCCCAUGAGAAGAAGGCUCACAAUAACUGGCUGGCAGCCCGAGCAGCAGACAGAGAUCUAGCAGACAUCAGGAGAGAGAACGCCCUCUUCAGACAGAAGCUGACAGACACACAGUUUAAACUAGAUGCCCUUGACAAAGAUCCCUACGCCUUGGACAGCCUGGCUAGACCACUGCCUUUCAGAGCUGAAAGGUCACCGUACGGACCAUCUCCUCUGGGUCGACCUGCAUCUGAAACCAGAGCGUUUCUCUCUCCUCCUACAUUGAUGGAUGGACCACCUGCUAGACUCUCUCCUAGAGUGCCUCGUGGUCCAGUGGAGCCCCCCGGUCAUGGCGAGAUGGAGCGGAGUGGAGGUCCUCAUUCAGAUAGUGGCUCAAUCUCUCCGACAUGGGAGAGAGAUCGCAGGGGACCCCCACUAGGACCCCCCGGACCCCUAGGACCUCCAGGCUAUAUGUUCCCAGAACCAGGAGGUCCAAUGUACAGGAGACCUCCACCUCCUCCAGGAGCUCUGGGCCUUUCCUCCCCUGGCUCCCUCCCACCCGGCCCUCUCCAUCCUAGGGGUCUCCCCCCGGGACCCCCUCACCCUGCAGACAUGGCAGAUGGCACAUACAGAGAAAACAGCUUUGGGCCUGGUGAACAGGAACGCAGAGAGUCUGGUCCUGGUGAUCGAAGGACUCCCCCUGAAGCUGAUCCAAGGAUGGGGGGCGCACCCCCGAUGGGCCCCAUGGAUGGGCCCUUUCCUCGUAGAGCCCCCUAUGGACCACCACCUCCUGACUUCUACCCUCCCAGGGGACCUGGGGGCCCUCCCAUGAUGCCAAUGUGGGCCCCUCCACCUCCAGGGAUGAUGUACCCUCCUCGUUUCCCUCCCGGUGGACCUCCUCUCCCUCCUACUUCCUAUUCUCACCACGCUCCCCCCAUGCGGCCUCCUCUGCCCGAUGGCCUCCCACCCCCUUCCAUGGGUCCACUCCCUCCUCAGCAGUCCCUCCCCUCCCCACCACACAGCCAGUCGCCAGAGGAGCACACACUCUCGCCUGAAGAUGCCAUUUGAGCCUGAGGUUUUCUACUUGAGCUGUUGAGCUGUGACAUUGUUUCCGGUUAAAAUGCAACUUGGUGGUAGAUGGAUGGAUGGUUGGGCAGGUUUUCCAUCCUUAUAUUGUCUUUAAUAUCUCCUCAUUAACCAGGAGGAUGAAUUUAAUGAAGAGUGGGGAAACCAUCACCCUUCGGUAGCCCACUUUGUUGCUGUCUGUCUGCUUUUGCGCGGUCUUUCUCCUCUCUUCACAUCCUCUCCUCUCUUUAUCAUCUGCCCUGCCACUUGCCUUUUUUCUUUUUUAUUCUCGCUCUGCUCUGUCAUCAUCCAGCUACAUUCCCUGUGAAGUAGCUCCUGUUGCUUUGGAGUAACAGCGGUUAGGCUUUGUUGUGUAAUUUCACAGGCAGGAACACGACAGCUUAAUCUGUACGUCUGUGUGUGGGAAUGUUGCCACCCGAACAAGAAACAUUUGCUUGUUUGCUUGACAAUGCCAGAAAGGUUUUUAUUGGUAUUUAGGUUGAAAUGUGCAGAUGUAGAAAUGCUGUCUGUGUAGUGUUUUACGUAUGGCAUGAGUCAACAAUUCAUCCCGAUGGCAUAGAAAGAGAAGCCUAAAUGACCAAUGGCUAUCAGGGAAGGAGUGCAUCUUUUUAGGCCUAAUACAAUGUAUUUUGUUACACCAACACACCAUAAUUUAAAAAAUGUAGCCAUUUUACAUCUGCGUUAUUGUUGACCUGGAUUUUACACUUAAAUCAGAACACAUCAGGUCUUCUUUUGUCUGUGAGUUGAUCUUAAACGCUUAAAUAUUCCUCAGAGGUCAAAUUAGAAUGAAAAUAUAAUUAAAGUGCAUAACUGAAUUUCACUGGCUUCCCUGUGGGAUUUGUAGGACUUCACCUUCAUCAACAAAGCUAUUGUUUCAAAGAGCAGCAAAUAAACAAUGCUUUUGAUCGUGUUUCAGUGACUUGCAUAUGGCCUAAGCUUGAAAAAAGUGGCUUCUAGUAGCCGCUUGUAUUUUGUGGAAGUAAGCUGUGACGCAUCCUGGCAGUCACAGAGCGGUGAAUUUAAUGGACUGACUGGAAGAGGUUCUGAUUUCAAAGUCAGAAAGUUGACACCCAUGUGAAUUUUGUAAAAAGUGAUUAUUAAUAGAUGAAUAAAGACUGUCAAAUUGU